UUCAGGGAUGGCUGCAAUCAGGAAGAAGUUGGUGAUUGUUGGGGAUGGUGCUUGUGGGAAGACCUGUCUGCUCAUCGUGUUCAGUAAGGACCAGUUCCCAGAGGUUUACGUCCCCACAGUGUUUGAGAAUUAUGUGGCGGACAUUGAAGUGGAUGGAAAACAGGUGGAGCUGGCACUUUGGGACACAGCAGGGCAGGAAGACUAUGACCGGCUGAGGCCUCUCUCCUACCCUGACACCGAUGUUAUCCUCAUGUGCUUCUCUGUUGACAGUCCUGACAGUUUAGAGAAUAUUCCAGAAAAGUGGACUCCUGAAGUAAAACACUUUUGUCCUAAUGUUCCCAUCAUUUUGGUCGGCAACAAAAAGGAUCUUCGCAACGAUGAGCACACUCGACGAGAACUUGCAAAAAUGAAACAGGAGCCAGUUAAAUUUGAAGAUGGCAAAGAGAUGGCAAACCGCAUCAGUGCCUAUGGCUACCAGGAGUGUUCUGCCAAAACCAAAGAUGGUGUCAGGGAAGUCUUUGAGAUGGCAACUAGGGCCGCGUUGCAGGCCAAGAAAAACAGGAAGAAGCCCAUUUGUGUACUUUUAUAGGCUGCAGGAAGAGGGAGAGCUAUCCUCAAGCACAGAUGAAGAAGGCUGCUUCCACUGACAUGUCAUGUGGGGGGUAUGGGUGUGUGGGUGGGCCAGAAAAGUUGCUCAAUUUCAGAUCACCUGAUUACAGUCAGCAGGUCGAUGCCAACCUGAAACGAUUCGACAUGCUUCUAGAUUCUGCUUCUUGGUUUAUGAAUAAAGUGAUGCCAAUUAUUUGGCUCAUGUUAAACCAUUUUAAUUUUACACUAUUGUGUUAGAUUUUCUGGGAAGGUUGUAUGGUCAGGACAAGGAUUUGAAGUUGAGCAGUUUUAAAUGGGAUUGAUUUGUGCCAUCAGGGGAAACAAUAAAGAAAAGGUCCUUACCAGGCCAAAGAUAAUGGAAGUGACAGAAAAGACAUACAUUUAGCCAAUGUUUGAGGUAAGGCCAAGUCUAAGCGGAUCUUACACGCCUACGUGUAGUGCCUUGGGAGCAGUGGUUCAGAUUAAUGAGUUGCGGGGUAAAGAUUCCUGACUCUAAUAGGGUAUUGUUUGUUGUGUCCACUCAUGUUUUUCAACCCUUUUCUCCCUGUCACUGGCUUGGCUCCUUCAGGCCCAUUUUCUGACUCAGGCACCAUGCAGGGGUUUGCCUGAACUAGAUUGUAUGAGACAUGUUCCCAUACUGUAUUACUUACCUGUAAUUUUAGAGUGCGUGUAUGCAACUGUAUGGUAGUCUCUUUUUCUCUCCAGUGCAGCUCUGCAUGCGAUGAAUGUGUGUAUAUUUGUGUGAUUGUGUGUAUUGAUAACAUAUGUGUCAUGUACUGUAUUCAUGGAAAGGCCUUCUGCAACACUGACCUAACUCUUUGUUUUCAUGCCAAAGUUACCCCUGUUGGCCACAGCUGAAGGUCCAGAGGGGUAAUGAAAUUAACAGCUACUCAGAGUGACAUAGAAACUUUUACUUUACUGGAAAACAUUGUACUACAGCAAGAGGCACAAUCAGGUUAACCUCAGUUUUAGGAUGUUUUUGUGUAUACCAUAUUGAUUUGUGUAAAUCAGUAGGUGAAAUCAUAAGCAGUGUAGUUGAAAAGUUUCAUAUUCUUUCAAAUAGAUGAUAGGCUUAUCUUAUUACUAUGUCCAUUAUGUACUAUAUGUCUAGCAGGUUCUUGUAAGGACAUGUUCAUGAUGUGUAUUUCACGUUUGCCUUGUUCUCCAUGCUCCCCAUUCCCUUUAAAUGACAUUGUCAUUGUUGCAUUAUGUAACUUUUUAUCGUUGAUGUCAAAAAUGUUUUGAGUACAUUUUAAUCAGUUUACUUAAUCCUGCUGUUAUGAUCACUUUAUGUGAGUUUAAUAAUAAAUUUUAACAAUUGCAUUGUUUCAUUUGAUUGAUAGUAAUCAAGGCCAUGCUAAAAGGUUUUGGGAAUUGAGUGAGAGCGGUUGUUUUCUUUUUCUUUUUUUUAAAUCACAUUUUUAAAAUGUGUUUGAUUUUUAUUACUGUUAUAUAUAAACAGAAUUUCUGACCGCCCCCUCCCUGUUGGCUAAAAUAAAGCUGGUGUUUGGGUUUUCUGUUUAAAGGUAUUUAUAUGUUAUUAGAUCUGUUCAUGCAUAAAUAAUUGCAACAAUGCCCUAUAUAUUUUGGCAUUAACUUACCUUUUCCCAAAUAAAACACUCAUAACCCGUUUGAAAUAUA